CUGUGAGUUCAAGACCAGGCUGGUCUACAAAAGAGAGUUCCAAGACAGCCAGGGCGGUUACACAGAGAACCCUCUCUCAAAAAAAUUCAAAGAAAGACAGCAAGAAAAGAAUAUCCACAACAAAGCCCCUUCCCAAAGUUACAGAAACACUCAGCAAUUGUUGCCGGAGACAGGUGGAACGACCUCCAAGUCUUGCAGUACGCUUCGUCCUGAAGAAGCCCAAAAAGCCUUCAAGCAGAGGUCCACAACCUCUAGACAUCAGCAGCGGAAACGGAAGCGGCUGGUGAAGCUGUACCCUGACAAGGACACUCCUUAGAUUAAUCUUGGCAUUCGGAGGCGGGGACCGGGUGAGGUCAGAUGGCAUCUGAGGCAGAGCCCCACCCCCUGGGCAUGUUUGAGUGCCAGCUCUGUGCCUUGACAGCUCCUUACAGCUACGUGGGACAGAAGCCCCCAGACACCCAUGCUGUUGUUCUCCUGGAGGAGAGCUACAUCAUGAAGGAUCCCUUCUCCUCAGACAAGGCCAGGUUUCUGGUCCUUGGCGCGCGGUGCAGUGUGUGUGGCAAGCUGGUGUGUGUGGGCCCAGACUGCAGUCUGUUCUACUCCAAGAGGGUCUGCCUCCCCUGUGUUCAGGAGAAUAUCAGUGCUUUCCCUCAGGAAAUACAGCAGGAUGUGGAGAAGAGAAAAGGUGCCUCCAAGAGGCCCUCCAGCCAUCCCUGACUGGCAGGCACACAGCCUCCUGUGCAGCGUUGGGCUGAUUCGGCCAGGGUUCUGGCUGGGAGAUGUGUAUCUGGCCUUCUCUGAACUGUGGAGUACCUGCAGCCCUGGGAACCAAGGAGCUGGCCAAGCCUGAGGACAGACAGCAGGAGUGGACCAGCUGCAGCUCCAGGACUGGCCUCUAGUGGAGGCCGUGAGUGAGGGACCGGGCCUCCAUCCGUGGACAGUUGGUAGAACUUCCUGUACAUGCACCUAUGGGAGACACCUGGCUUCUCUCUAGGACUUCCAAGUAACAUGAUGUCAUCUGCUUUAAGGAAAUCAGCCUCCGAGGGCCGGUGGUAAGGCCAGAGGGCAUGCAAGGGUUAUGUCACAUCCUGUGCAAUGCCUGGGAAGCGAUUUAAACCUUGACUUUGUAUCAUGUUUACAAUUAAACCCUGAAAAAUAAGCUAAUGGUUUAAGUAACCCUUUACUGACCUACUUGGACACUCAGUGCAUCCUGUCGGAGCCAUGUUCCAGCAUCAUUCAAAAUGAACCAACUCAUUUUUAAAAAUAGUUUAUUCUUUUAAACCAUUAAGGCAAAACUGUACCCUGAAAUUAACUCGUUACAUUCAUCAGUCUUACAGUAGGACAUUCCAAACAUACAGGUUCCCAUAAAUUCAGGAUAUAAAUCAAUACAUACAGUCAGUUCAAUCUCCUAUGGAGAAAACGAAGAAGACUCAAUAUUUUUUUUAAUUAAAGUUAACUUAUAACCAUUUUCUAA